AUGGAAGGCGGGCCGCCCUCGCUGUGGGCGACGCUCGUGACGACCUGGAGCGCUACUCUCGGAGCCUGCUGGUCCUGGGGCUGGGCGCAGACGCCCUCUGUGCCAGCCUGGGUGCCGCCCCCUUCGCUGGGUUGCGGCGCUGAGGACGGGUGCCAUUGCUCCUGCGAUAAGGAGCUGCGACACAUCAUGGACCUCCAGGCGGAGGUCUGGGCGCUGAGGUGCCUGCUGCUCGCCGGGCUGCUGCUGCUCGGCUUCGCCACCUCGACCGCGGGCCUGCUGGGUUUCCUGGCGGGAGUGUGCCGGCGCUGCGGGCGCGGCGUCCGCGGGCGCACGCCAGGCGAGAGAACUGCGGCUGCCGCGCCCGAGCGCGAGGAGAGCCCCCUGGCGAUCCUGGUGCGGUACGAGAACGAUCCGCACGGCUUCUUCUGGCACCACAGAUUGCUUCUGUUCAGGGUGAGCGAUGACAUGUGGAUCUGCCUCACCCCUGAUCACGAUUUAGUUCGAGUCAAGCUGCUGGACAGUCGCCACGAGGUGCUUGAGCGUAGAGCCCCCUUCCCAGCGCACCUGGCAAACCAGGUGUACGCCCACGACCCGAUCGGAGGGGCGGCACUCGCCGCUUUCCGGCGCCGAGCUCGGCUUCGGGGCCAGUUGCUCGGCGUCGGCCAGGUCGACGCGAUCGAGUGCAUGAUCUGGGUAGUGGCGGAGCCUCUUUCCCACCGGUUCGGGGAGAUCAUCGACGCGGCGCUGAUGGACGACGAGGGCCGGGGGACGGGUUUCGACCAGAAGGGCGUGGCAGUCCUUGACGGUGAGGAGUUCUUCGUGCAGAAGAUCGCGGCCAGCGGCCUGGCCGACUUCAAGAGGGGCGCGAAGGCCGACAUGGGGGACGUGCGCACUCUGGGCGACCGCCACGACGAGGUGGGCUUGCGGACUCUGCGGCUGUCUGAGGCGGUGGCGCUGAUGUGCGACGUCGAGCAGCCGAACUUCCCGCUCGCUGGAGUCCGGAGCGUGAAAGAGUUCCUGAACAGCGUGGCCUCGGGGCUGGGGAACAUGACCUCGUACCAGGCCGAGUGGGAGAGACUCAGCGGCGUCGGCGAGGGCUCAGCGGUCAACCACGUGCGUAGGAACCUGUGUGAGGUGAUCAGGCUGAUGCAUUCCUGGGACCAGGUGGACGUCUCUAUGUUGGCCUCCGCGGAGCUCUUGCUGCGCUGGCUGAUCCAGGCGGAGAUCGCGGUCGAGCGCAACCCGCGCCACCCCGAUUACAGCGGCCUGGACAUUGUCAUCUCUGCGCCCGUCAACGCCGUCGGUCGGGCCUCAACCUCGAAGUUCAACACCUGGGUCACGGAUCGGCUCAAGGAGAGGGCGACGAUCUGGAAACAUGAGCGCCUCUACCGGGAAGAGCAGAAGCAGACCCGCAAGGGCGACGGCAAGGGCAGUGGCAGCCUCGACCCGAGCUCGAAGCGGCACACCAAGAAGAAGGAUGAGGCCUCUCAGGGCCGUGGGGGCCGGCGCUGGCAGCCCGGGCGCCGACAGACCCCCCCCGCGGCCGACGCCCACGUGGGCUCGCCGCCUCCCGCGCUGGAGGCAUCAGACCCUUUCCCGCUGCACCUCCUGCCCACCGCUGUGCAGUGCUGGAUGCUCCAGAAUGUCGCGCGGCGGGUUGAGGCGUAUGGGGAUUGCCCGACUGACCUCACAGAGGAAUCGUCCCUCGCGGAGAUCCUCGACUCUAGAGGCCACUACGGCAUGGGGCCCAAGAACCUGGCCAGCUUCGACUUCGACAAAGUCAAGAUCCUGCAUCGGGGAGUUCACGCUAGCGACCUGAUCGAGAGAGACGAGGCGGAGGUAGAGAAGGACCGAGCCGAGGGCCAGGGGUUCUCGCCGUAUUGGGACCCCGCUCUUCGGCGCUCGCGAGACCUGCGGAAGCUGCUGUAUCAGCGUCUGAGUCAGCAGGGCCAUCUGACCUGGCGCCGGCGGCUGAAGGGGCGCGCGGGCAUCUUCGUGGUCAAGAAGAAAGAUGGACUCCAGAGACUUAUCAUUGACGCCCGUGCGGCGAAUAGGGCACAUCGGCCCCCACCUACUACCCGACUGGGUUCGUCUCGUUGCAUGGCGGACCUUGGCCUCUCCGACCCCCGCUUGAAGGCCUCCGGCUUCGGGGGGCUGGGCUCGGGGUCUGCUGCCGGCCCGGCGGGGCUGGAGGGCGACGUCGGGGGCUGUUUCUACAAUUUCACGAUUCCCGAACUGGCCUCCUGGUUCGGCUUCGAGGGCCGCUUCGACACCGCGGAGCUGGACGACGUGGGCUGCCGGCCCGCGACCGUAUGGGACGACGCCGUGGGGGCCGAGUCCAAGACGCUCGCCGGCGGCCCCGACCAGAUCAUGAGAGAGAUGCAGCCUGCGCCCAUUUUGAAGCCCGGCAAGUGUGUGACGGGCGUGUAUGUGGACAACGUGCAGGUGAUCGGAGGCUGCAAGUCGGACACAGUGAAACAGAUGACGGAGAUUGAGAACAGUUUUGGCAAGGACAACAUCCCGUUCGAUAUCGAGUCGAGCGGUGAAUUCGAGAUGCAGACGCUUGGCUUGGUGUAUCACUGGAGGGGGCGGCGACUUCGGCACGUGACGCGACGGGUCUGGCGUACUUACUUGGCUGGGCACGCUCUCCUGCGACGGCGCAAGCUCCACGGGCACGCCCUCCAGUGCUGGUUGGGGCGCGCCGUGAAUCUUAAUCAGCUCUGCCCCGAGGCCGUGUCCGCUCUGAACGCCUGCUGCCGCUUCGUCGACGAGGCCCUGGAGGCGCCGAAGCGGACGUGGCCCUCAGUGAAGUCGGAGAUCCGCUGCGCGAUGAACCUCCUCUUCCUAGUGGAGGCCGACCUCGGCGCCAAGUUUUCCGACGAGGUCUACUGCGGGGACUCCUCCACUCGCGGCUACGCUCUGCACGUGGCGGUGGGGGGGCCCGACGAGAUCCGCGAGGCCUGGAAGUUGCGGGAGCGCUGGCGGUAUCGGGACGUCUCGACGGUGGAGGGCCAGGUGUCCGAGGGCCUCGACUACGUGCAGGGCGGCGCCCCAGGCUCCGCUGCUGGGCCGAUGACUGCCUUCGGCCAGGCCCUUCGCAGCCGGGCGGAGGCGCGCCCGAGGCCCCGCGGUCGCCCGGCGGCUGGCAUGGUGGGCCGCGCCAAAGUGAUCCUGGACUCGGGGGUCCCCGCGCUGGCCGACGGCUGGACCCGCCGUCGGCGCUGCCACUUGGUGGCGGCCGACCGCUGGCGCUGGCAGGACGAGCGCAUCAACCUGAAGGAGGCGAGGGUGGCCCUGAUGGGGCUGCGGCGACACUGCCGAUCCGUCAGGCUGCUGGGUUCGAAGCUGCUGACGCUGAGCGACAUCCAGCUCGCCGUGGGGGCCUUCGAGAAGGGUCGCUCUAGCGCUGGCCUGCGGGCGCUGUGCAGACGGGCGGCAGCUUACCGGCUGCGGGGGCAGAUCGCGUGGCGGCUCCGCUACAUCGAGACGGAUCGGAACCCGAGCGACUUCGACUCUCGCCAGUGGGGCACCAAGCGCACGACGGGGCAGCCGACCUUGGCGUGUGAGCGCCGGCCGAGGCCCGCGGCGCCGCCGGGCCAGGCGGCAGCAGCAGUGGGCCCCGCAGGGAAGGCGAAAGCCAUCGACCCCCGCGGCCGCUUGUCCAGCGUCGCUGACACGCGCUUUUCUUUCGAGGGUGAGCUGAACGGGACGAUAGACCGCGACGCUGGCAGGUCCACCCGCGCUGGCAGGCAGCGACCGCCAGGCACGGGCCGCCCGCUCCGGCCGUCGGCGCCGCGCCGAGUGGGGCCCACCAGGGUUCCCAGGCGCGUCUCGCUGGUCAUGGCGACAGUCAGGGCCGCGGCCGGCCUGCGCGAGUUCGAGGUCUACGCCCAGGCCAUGAAGCUCGGCCGACAACCGCCCAACCGCCUGGACGACAGCCUCAUCGUGGACGACGUCGCGCCGGACUUGAUGGGGCACAACUUGCCACUGAUGGGCGCCGCCGUGCCGCUGCAGACGGAUGCCUACACCCGGCCCUCAGAGGCGGUCGAGCUGCGUCGAGGCCAAAUCCUGCCGCCGUCUCCGGCCGCGAAGCUCGGCGCGCGUUAUGGCAUCGUCAUCGCGCCCUCAGAGCGGUGCGGGGGCGCGAAGACGGGGGGGCAAGACGACAAUCUGCUGGUCGGCGACGUGGCCCGCCCCUGGCUGACAGAUGUCCUGCGGAUCCUCCGCCAGCCCAAGGCCGCCAACUCCCAGGAGCUCUUCGACUUCACGUUGCUGGAAUACGAGCGGGAGAUCAAGAAAGCCGCCGACCGCCUGGGCUACUCACCACUGGGAAUGCGCCCGCACGUCUUCAGGCACUCAAAGGCCUCGAACGACAAGGUGCACAAUAGGCGGACUCUGAAGGAGAUCCAGAAGCGCGGCCGAUGGGUUUCGUCCGCGUCGGUGGCCCGCUACGACGGCGCCCUCGUCUUGCAGGAGCUGCGCAAAAUGCCUCAGCAGAAGCAGAAGCUGGCAGCGCGCAAGAGCAAGCAGUUGCCCCAACGCCUGUUCGAGCGCCUUCGUCACAAGUAG